UCUGUCACGUGAGCGUCCCAAGAUGGUGGCGGCCAAGCGGGCGCUUCCGUGGUUGGCGGCUUCGCUCCGCCCGAUCAGCUCUACGGCAGCUGGUUCCCUUCCCAAGCAAGUGAAAAUAGUUGAAGUUGGCCCCAGAGAUGGACUGCAAAAUGAAAAAAAUAUUGUCCCUACACAGGUGAAAAUCAGCUUAAUUAAUAUGCUGUCUGAAACAGGACUUCCAGUCAUAGAGGCUACCAGCUUUGUUUCUCCCAAAUGGGUUCCUCAGAUGGCUGACCACACAGAAGUCUUGCAGGGAAUUCAGAAAUUUCCUGGUGUCAGCUACCCAGUACUGACCCCUAAUCUUAAAGGAUUUCAAGCAGCGGUGGCAGCAGGGGCCAAGGAGGUGUCUAUCUUUGGAGCAGCCUCUGAACUCUUCACUAAGAAGAACAUUAACUGCUCCAUAGAGGAGAGUUUGCAGAGGUUCAGUGAAGUGAUGCAUGCAGCAGGAGCGGCCAGUAUUCCAGUCAGAGGGUAUGUCUCUUGUGUUCUUGGUUGUCCCUAUGAAGGAAAGAUUGCCCCUGCUAAGGUUGCAGAGGUAUCCAAGAAGAUGUACUCCAUGGGGUGCUACGAGAUUUCCCUGGGUGACACCAUCGGUGUUGGGACCCCUGGGAGCAUGAAGGAAAUGCUCUCUGCAGUCAUGAAAGAGGUACCCGUCGGGGCCCUUGCCGUUCACUGCCAUGAUACCUAUGGGCAGGCUCUCGCCAACACCUUAGUAGCACUUCAGAUGGGUGUGAGUGUGGUCGAUUCCUCAGUUGCUGGUCUCGGAGGCUGCCCGUACGCACAAGGAGCAUCAGGAAAUGUAGCUACAGAAGACUUGGUGUACAUGCUACAUGGCCUGGGGAUUCAUACCGGAGUGGAUCUACAGAAGCUGAUGGAGGCAGGUGUGUUUAUCUGCAAAGCACUGAACAGAAGAACCAGUUCAAAAGUGGUUCAGGCUUCCAGCAGACUGUGACACGGAUCAGUUUCUCCUCCGACAAGUCAGUGAAGAAAGGCUCAGUGAGGAUCUGGAGCCUUGCCAAGUUUACAUUUGCUGUCUGGGUUCUUAAAUAUUCCCUUUUGGGCUUUGGACUUGGUGAACGGGAGACUAUA